AUGGGAGGAUUUCACCUGAGCACCACAGUACUGGUGCUCUGCGGGCACUUUCUAGCCACUGCAUUGGGUUACGUUGAGAAGGUAGCAUCGCGUCGCGAGUUCUUCUACGUAGGCGGCGAGUAUGCAAAUCUCACACUAGGAAACGAAACAGCACAAUACAUGCUCAACCAAAUCUACGUGGAGAAACUUACCCCAACCAACCAAACCCAAUCCACCCCCAUCGUCUUCAUCGCCGGAAACGGCCAAACAGGCACAAACUUCCUCGAAACCCCCGAUGGCCGUCCAGGCUGGGCUUCUUUCUUCCUCUCGCACGGCUACACCGUCUACCUAACCGACCAGCCCUCUCGCGGCCGCUCCCCUUGGUUCCCCGGCCUCGGUACCCUGGAAAUCGCCAGCACCGCGCGCGUAGAGUCGCUCUUCACAGCCAUCUCCUCGCACGCGCGCUGGCCGCAGGCCAAACUGCACACGCAGUGGCCCGGGACGGGUAAAGUUGGUGAUGCCGUUUUUGAUACAUUUUACGCGACCCAAGUCCAGCGCCAGGUAAAUGUGACGAUUCUGGAAUCGCAAAACGCAAAGGCGUAUACGGCGCUGCUUGAUAAGAUUGGGGUUGCGCAUGUUGUUACGCAUAGUCAGGCGGGCGCGUACGGUUGGCGUGUCGGCGAUGCAAGGCCGCAGCUCACGAAAAGCAUAGUCGCGCUUGAACCUGCUGGUCCGCCGUUUAUCAAUCGAGUCGCUGCAUCGGGGCCUGCGCGAGCCUGGGGUAUUACCGAUUUAGAAGUCUCGUAUGAUCCGCCUGCUGGCCCGAACGCUUCGUUUAUCGAGAAAGUGGUUGUGCCAGCGAAAGAUGCGGAGCAUGUUGAUUGUAUUAUGCAAGUAGAGCCGGCGAAGAAGCUGGUUAAUCUUGCGAAAGUGCCCGUGUUGCUGGUUACGGCGGAGGCGAGUUAUCAUGCACCGUAUGAUUAUUGUACGGUUGGGUAUUUGAGGCAGGCGGGGGUAAAGGUGCAAGAUUUGGAGUUGGCGGAUGUGGGGAUUCGGGGGAAUGGGCAUAUGCUUUUUAUGGAGAAGAAUAACGAGGAGAUUGCGGAGAGGGUUUUGGAGUGGUUGGUUACGCAUUGA